CUGCGCGGACCGCACGCGGCGCGAGUGAUGUGCGAGACAUGACGGUCCUACUGGUGUUCGGUCUGUUCGUUGUGAUCGCAACAGCGCACAACAUAACCUUACUAGAGGUCCCUCGCUAUGGAGACCCGAGGAGAGACGCCAACCUCGUCUGUCACUAUAUGAACGAGAAAGGAGACCCACCGCUCCACUCUGUGAAGUGGUACAGAGACAACAAUGAAAUAUUUAGAUACACGCCAGGACAACAGCCGGAAACCCGCACAUUCAACACGACAGGCGGAACGAUCACGCGAGACGACUGCAACCAGCACCGCUGCUCCAUCAACGUCGUGCUGCCCAAACAUUACACCACCAGGAUAUCAUACACCUGUGAGGUGUCUACUGAGGGCCCGAGGUUCGCAGUUGUCAAGCAGACCAAGAACCUUACAGUAGCUGUUACGCUGAAGCAGGACCCGGUGAUCACCGGAGUGCCGAGCAGCGUACAAUUGGGGGAAGAUGUGAUGCUCAACUGUUCAACUGGCCCCGCCAUGCCGCCAGCCAACAUACAGUGGUUCAUUGACGGGAAACCAGAAAUUAUCCAACCCUGGGAAGGCAACACAGAAGUGACGGUGGCCAACGAGGAAGGCCUGCGGAUGAGCUGGCGCCCGCUCCGGCUGACGAUCAGCACGCCCCGCGGCGUGGUGGCGGUGCGGUGCGAGGCUCGCCAGCCGGUGCGGCCGCCGUACGUGCGGUCGGCCAACGCCAGCCUGGCUGUGGCGCGGUCGCCGCAUCUAUCCAUGUUCACAGCUUCAGGUUCGAGCACAGCGCAGUGGGCGCUAGCUCUACUGGCUGGGACGCUUCAUCUACUGUGUAAAAGUGCCUUGACUGAAGUAUAAUUAAUAGACUAAUGUUAACUGAGCCAUUGCCGUCAGGGGUCGAUCGCAGCAUACACUAUCAUUAACAUAUUUACAUACAUUUUAUUCCCAGAAGGGCCAGACAAAACACUAAUAUUAUAUUA